AUGAUCUAUGCGGAUGUCGCAUGGACUGGAACCUCCUCUGCGUUCUUAAUUUUGGCGUGUUUUGUCAAGGCCAAAUUUCUGGAUGACAGAAGUGUCCUGUUCCGCGCGGUUACCAUGGUGAUCCCCGUUGCUAUGGUUUUUGGCGGGGUUUAUCUGCGCCAGGAAGGGUUUGGGUGGGUGGAUGAGGCCGAGUACAUCGGAACGACUAUUGUGGCUGCCGCUGUCGCGGUCUGGUUGCUGAUUUUGACACCUGACAGCGGAAGCCAGAACACCUCAGAAGUUCUGUACCUUGCGCUGGUUCUCCUGGGGGGGGUGAUCUUCCCGGGCGGAUUAGCUCUGGACCGAUACAUGUGCGACUACUUUGGAACACCGUACGGAAAUAUGUUGCUACCUGCGUUCUGGGGGUGUGGUAUAGCCUUCGUGGGUCUGUACUUGUACUCGAAGUCGGUGGUGGAGAGACAGUCGGUGGCAGAACAGGUCAAUGGCAGGAAGAAGCGCAUGUGAACACCAUGUGGCAUGGGCGUUAUACUUGUAGAUGAGUAUAUGUGUCCGGGCAAGUGAAUGGUGUGAAGGUGGAUUUACAUUCUAUAUAUAUCCAUACAAGGUACAAAGGGUUCUACAUAUAUAGCAACAAGGUACAAAGGGUAUCCUGUGGGUCAAUACUGAAUCGUUCAGCACUUCUAAAACCCUAAACUCCAAACCCUAAAACCCUUAUAUAGGUCUGUAAAUGUUUGGGGUUUCAGUGAACAUUCGGAAAGUCGAUAGUUUUCAGUUCAGUACCUUACGCCAAUCGAACCACAGGCAGCAAUAUGGGUUAAAAACAAUAAAAGAACACUACGCAAGA